AGAGAGGAAAGGAAAGCUUCCAUUCUGCGCGAUAUUUCUCAUCUCUUCACAUUUCCUCUUCUUCCGCAGCUUCUCUCUCUAUAUUUCUAUUAAAACCCUAACUUUCUUGUUCGAAACUGUGGAAGAGAAAAUCGAGAAUGGAUUUUCAGAGUGUUGUAUGUGUAGUGGGAGUUGUAUUGGUGUUGAGUGCGUCUCUGGGAUCAGCGGGAGACAUAGUUCACCACGAUGAGGACACUCCAGGGCGGCCUGGCUGCGACAACAACUUUGUGCUGGUAAAAGUCCCAACUUGGAUACACGGCGUAGAAGACAUAGAGUAUGUUGGCGUUGGUGCUCGAUUUGGCCCUACCUUGGAAUCAAAGGAAAGGCGUGCCAAUCAUACUAGAGUUGCUCUAGCCGAUCCUCCUGAUUGUUGUAGCACACCCAAAAAUAAUCUUGCUGGGGAGGUCAUAAUGGUGCACCGUGGAAACUGCAGUUUCACAGAUAAGGCAAAUUUUGCUGAACUCGCUAAUGCUUCAGCCAUCCUCAUAAUAAACAACCGUACUGAACUUUUCAAGAUGGUUUGUGAAGAAAGUGAAACCGAUCUACAAAUAAAUAUACCAGUGGUUAUGCUUCCACAAGAUGCUGGUGCAAAGUUGGAACAAUAUUUGCAGAACUCCACUGUGUCUGUGCAGCUAUACUCUCCACUGCGUCCACUGGUUGACAUUGCAGAGGUGUUUCUAUGGCUUAUGGCUGUUGGUACCAUCUUAUGUGCCUCGUACUGGUCUGCAUGGAGUGCUAGGGAAGCAGCUAUUGAGCAGGACAAGUUAUUAAAGGAUGGUUCAGAUGAAAUCCUAAGUUUGGAAGCUAUUGGUUCUAGUGGUUUUGUGGACAUCAAUAUAACAGCAGCAAUUCUCUUCGUUGUGAUUGCUUCAUGUUUCCUGGUUAUGCUUUACAAACUUAUGUCGACAUGGUUUAUUGAGCUUCUGGUGGUUCUGUUUUGCAUUGGUGGGAUGGAGGGCCUGCAGACCUGCUUGGUAGCUUUGUUAUCAUGUUUCAGAUGGUUUGAACAUUAUGGGCAGUUGUUUGUUAAAGUACCCUUCUUUGGAGCUGUGUCAUAUCUGACACUGGCUAUUUGCCCCUUCUGCAUGGCAUUUGCUGUUGUUUGGGCUGUCCACCGCAAGGACUCCUUUGCUUGGAUUGGUCAAGAUAUCCUUGGUAUCGUGCUAAUAAUCACCGUUCUUCAAAUUGUUCGUGUCCCAAAUCUCAAGGUUGGAACUGUUCUUCUCAGUUGUGCCUUCUUGUACGACAUCUUUUGGGUAUUUGUUUCUAAAUGGUGGUUCCAUGAGAGUGUGAUGAUAGUGGUGGCUCGUGGUGAUAAGAGUGGAGAGGAUGGUAUCCCAAUGCUACUAAAAAUCCCACGGAUGUUUGAUCCUUGGGGUGGCUACAGUAUUAUUGGAUUUGGUGACAUUAUCUUACCGGGACUGCUAGUAGCAUUUUCAUUAAGGUAUGAUUGGUUGGCAAAGAAGAAUCUUCGAGCAGGCUAUUUCAUCUGGGCAAUGACUGCUUAUGGUUUAGGUCUCCUCGUCACAUACGUGGCUUUGAACUUGAUGGAUGGACACGGGCAGCCGGCUUUGCUUUACAUUGUUCCAUUCACACUUGGAACUCUUUUGACAUUGGGAAAGAGGAGAGGUGAUCUCAAAAUUCUGUGGUCAAGAGGAGAACCGGAGAGGCCUUGCUCACACGUCCAACUCCAACCUUCACAAUAAUAGGAACCACGAACCACACUUACUAUAACUGUAUGACAGUUUUAGCUAUAAUUUGUAAACAAAGGAACUCGGGAACCCUACCUCUGUAAGUUAUAGGAUAGAAUGUAACAUUUUUAGUAUUAUUAUUAAAUAUUUAAAGAUCAACUCUUACCACAAACAUCUUAAAUCAAUAAUUCCACAUUGAUUUCAGCA